AUGGAGGGGCCAUCUGGUCAGCCCGUCAAGUCACCGAAGAAAAAGGCCAAAAUGGCUAGGCUUGAAACUAUAGGUGCACCUCCGCCACCCAACAUCCCUGAUGUGGCUGAUGUCAGCCUGGAGGAGCAAUCCUGUUCAGUUCCAUCUCUCAAGUACCAGACUAUGGUUCAAGUCCAAGAUGGUCAUCAGUGGAGUUGUAAUUUCCAUGAAGAAAUUUAUGGUUCAUGCAGUAAAAUGCUGUGCAAGGAAAGGGGAAACAUUCUACAACUUAUCAUGCAAAAGAAGAUUCCCUUUCAUAUUUGGCCAUCACUUAUGAAAAAGAGAAAAGGGAAUGACCAAAGAAACGUGACCCUGCAGAAACCUAUUAUAAAGGAUAAAGCUAUACCAAAAGAAAAUGUUGUAGAGCAAGGAAAAUCUGAAGUUGUUCAACCAAAAAGAAUUAAACAGGACCAGGACUUCAGACUGACUGUUAUGUCAAAAGGUCAUGAAAAAGCAGAAGAAAUCUCUCGCCAAGAAUUCAUUCAGGAAGUACCAGCAAAGUCUUUGGCCAUAUUGGAAGGGUCAGUUGAAGAGAAUGUCGAACCUACCAUCUUGACUAGAACUGAGGAGGUGAUAGAGGUUACUCCUGAACUAAAACCCAGCCUUUCAGAGAAUGUUGACUGCAGUACUGUACACUAUACUGAGGAUAAGAUAAAGAGCAUUGGAAUGGAUGAAAGGGAAAGGAUCUCGGAAAACAUGGAGACUGCAGAGUUGCAGGCAAAAUCUGUAUCAAUUACCACAGAACCACAAACGUCUGAAUUAAUUGAGACUGAAGAAACUGAAAGAAAAGAAGGAUGCCCUGUUAUUAGAAGGGAAAUGGAGGAAACAUUGCAAGACAGACUAUCUGCGCAAGAACCUUUUGUUUUAGAAGAUGAAAAUGAGUCAACUGGAUGUUGUUCUGCACUUGAAAGUGUAGAAUUUGUAUCUAAGUCAAGCAAGUUACUAUUGGAUAAAGCAGAAAAGGAAAGAACUUGUUUGUCAUUAACCGAGAACACAAACUGUGUUACUCCUCCUAUGAACAAGAGUGAUGCUGCUAUUGAAGUGUCCACAGAAGAGUGUGCUCAGUUAAAUACUUCCAUAUCUUCCUUACCGGGCCUUGUUAAUACAGGUGGAAACAGUGAAAAGCUAACGGAUGAGUCACUGGAAAGGCUCACUGAAGUACCAGAACCAAUGGUUAAUCUCAGUUUCAUUAAAAACGAUUAUUAUGAAAAAGGUAGUGACAUCGUUGUAGUUCACGUGUAUGUGAAAGGACUCUGUAAAGAGACUACAAAGGUGCUGUUCCGUGAGAGUGACUUCACAAUGAUAUUUAAGACCAGUGAUCCAAAUUUUCUGAGGUUAAAUCCAGGCUGUGGCUCAGAUACAUUGUUCAGAUGGCAAGUAAAACUAAGGAAUUCGAUCAACCCAGAGCAAUGCAUAUACAAAUUCCCCGGAAUGCUGGUCAAUAUUUGCCUGAAGAAGAGGCACAGCCAACGUUGGGGAGGCUUGGAAGCACCAACCAUACAAGGUGCAGUGGGUGGUGCCAAGGUUGCUGUGCCUGCGGGUCCUACUGCUUUAGAAACUGUACAGCCUGGAAGCAGUCAGCACCCUAUGCCCAGCAAAGAAGAGCCAAGGGCAGCAGAGAAAGAAAGUUCUCGGUUGGAGGAGAGUAGUCUGGAAGGAGUGGCUGCCAGAGGUGUAUCAGAACAUGUCUCUGUGAAGCAGGACCAUCAUGUCACAGUGCCCAAGCCAACCUGCAAGGUUACGCCAAUGACACACAACAGUGAACAUGCUGAAGAUGAGGAGGAGAAGAAAGUAUGCAUGCCAGGUUUUACUGGUUUGGUCAACCUUGGCAACACGUGCUUCAUGAAUAGCGUUAUCCAGUCACUGUCAAACACUCGUGAACUGAGAGACUACUUCCAUGAUCGAUCCUUUGAAUCUGAGAUUAAUUAUAACAACCCAUUGGGUACUGGAGGCCGUCUGGCUAUUGGGUUUGCUGUCCUGUUGCGAGCUUUGUGGAAAGGAACUCAUCAUGCCUUCCAGCCAUCAAAACUGAAGGCUAUUGUUGCAAGCAAAGCCAGUCAGUUUACAGGCUAUGCACAGCAUGAUGCUCAGGAAUUCAUGGCAUUCCUAUUAGAUGGUCUCCAUGAAGAUAUGAACAGAGUUCAGAACAAGCCCUACAUAGAGACUGUUGAUUCGGACGGUCGUCCAGAUGAGGUGGUUGCAGAAGAAGCCUGGCGGCAGCACAAAAUGAGGAAUGACUCUUUUAUUGUGGAUUUGUUCCAGGGACAGUACAAGUCAAAACUUGUGUGUCCAACUUGUGCAAAGGUGUCAAUAACAUUUGAUCCUUUUUUAUACCUGCCUGUCCCAUUGCCUCAGAAGCAAAAACUGCUAACAGUUUUUUACUUUGCUAAGGAGCCUCAUAGGAAACCAACCAAGUUUCUAGUGAGUGUUAGUAAAGAAAAUGCCACAGCUGCAGAUAUCAUUGAGUCAAUCUCUAGAAGUACGAGAGUCAACCCAGAAAAUCUAUGUUUGACUGAGGUGUUCAAGAAUCGGUUCCAUCGUUUUUUCACCAAUUCUUAUCCACUGGAUACAGUCUCUCCCACUGACUUGCUCUUCUGCUUUGAGGUGCUAUCAAAGGAACUAGUGAAAGAGAAGGUUGCAGUUCUGCAUGUACAGCAGAGAACUCAGGUUCCUAGCAGUCCUGUAAUUAAGUGUGCUGCUUGUCAGAAGAUGCAGCCAUCAGAUGAGGAAAAGUUGAAGCGCUGCACAAGAUGCUACCGUGUUGGAUAUUGCAAUCAGAUUUGUCAGAAGAACCAUUGGCCGGAUCACAAAACUCAGUGCAGACCUGAAAAUAUUGGUUAUCCAUUUGUAAUAAGUAUCCCAGAAUCUCGACUCACUUUCUUCCGUCUUACACAGCUCCUUGAAGAGUAUUCUAGGUACUCUGUAAAUGUGUUUCAGCCUCCAUUACAGCCAGGAAGAGCAACUCCAGAACAAUCUCCUACUAGAACAGACUUUCAGUUGGACUCACCAGUGAAAAGAAUUUGCCCUACAUCUGCUGAGGUUGGAGAAGAGGACAAAGACUCUCAACUCAUUCAUUUAGACUUUCCAAAAUCUUCUAGAAGCAUGUCCUGUUGUGAAAAGGAUUCUAUUCUUAGUGAAGAUUCAGGUUUUUUAGAAGAGGGGACUGAAAUCAAAACAGAGUCUGAAUCGGAAAAGGAAACCUCUUAUGAAAAAUUAAUUAAACCUGAAGCUGCAGUUCCGGGCUACCAGCAGCCCUCAGAGCCUCUCAGUACCAGGAUGCAGCAGUUUUCCAUUCUGGUCAUUGAUCCAACAAGUAGAGAACACAAGCUUGAGGACAGAGGUGAUUCUCCAUUGGAGCUGGCUGAGGGAUGUUCUCUUGCUAUGGUUUGGAAGAACAAUGAACGCCAGAAGGAGUAUGUUCUUGUGCAAUCCAAAGAACUGGAAUACGUGGAAGACCCUGGAUCAGCAAAUGAAGCAGCAAGAAUUGGACAUUUUACUCUUGAACAGUGCCUUAAUCUCUUCACUAAACCAGAGGUGCUUGCUCCAGAGGAAGCCUGGUACUGUCCUAAGUGCAAGCAACAUAGAGAGGCAUCAAAACAACUGAUGCUGUGGAGGCUUCCAAAUGCACUAAUCAUUCAGUUAAAGCGUUUCUCCUUCCGCAGCUUCAUCUGGAGAGACAAAAUCAAUGAAAUGGUGGAGUUCCCUGUCAGGAAUCUGGACCUCAGCAAGUUCUGCAUUGGACAGAAUGAUGAUUCAAAGCCACCAAUUUAUGACCUUUAUGCUGUUAUCAAUCAUUAUGGAGGGAUGAUUGGAGGCCACUACACUGCUUAUGCAAGGCUUCCAAAUGAUAAGAACAGCCAGAGGAGUGAUGUUGGAUGGCGGCUAUUUGAUGACAGUACAGUUACUACUGUAGAAGAAAGUCAAGUUGUAACUCGUUACGCCUAUGUGCUGUUCUAUCGGCGAAGGAACUCUCCCGUGGAGAGACCAACACGAGUCCAUACAACAGCUCACCACACAGAAAGUGCUACUUCAGCAGAAGCAUCUGCCACUCAGGCUGCAAGCCAUAUACCAUUUGGAUCAGAUUUGGACCCCGAUGUACCACCACAGCUGAUGCCUGAGACUGUCUCUGAUCUUUAUGCUCACUCUGAAGAUUGUAGCACGCCAUCUUACAGCAACAUGGAGGAAGUAGACUGAAGGAGUAUAAGGCACCGGCUGAAAAGUACAGGCAGAACGGUUUCCCAAUUGUCGUACUAGACGUGGGUCUAAAUAGCACUUUUACUACAAAUAGGAUUUCAUAAUUCUGUUUCAGGCUUUGCAGAAUUUGCACUGGGACAUAGGAGGAUGUGAUUAACCUCUUUUUUUUGAAUGGUUGUAAGUGGCUGUCAGUUUGCAUAGUUGAUUCAUUAAGAAAGAGCAUCCAGGAUAGCAAGUCAUCAUUCUGCUACCAUUCAAAAUCACAAGAAUACCACUUUAUUAGUAUGUGACCAUUUAUGCAACAGAACUAUCUGAUGUGUGUAACAUGUUGCAUUCAAGACUUGUAUGCAAUACUACUUUCCUGAAGUUGAUUUAAAAUGUCUCCCAAGAAAUACAAGGCACAAAGAAGAUAAGCUUUAACCAGUUUCAUAUAUGACAAUGACCUGUUAGAAUGUUAGUGUGUGGAACAACUGUAUUUGCUGUUUAUGUUUGCAGGUUCAUUAUCCUAAUUUUAAAAAGUGCCACAGGUAUCAGUAUACUGAUUCUCAACAAAUCUGAUGGGACAUCUCUUCUGUUUCUUCUCCUCCCUUCAAAGGAGAUGUGUAGCUCUGCAUGCAUUUGAAGCAGAUUGUUCAAAGUUUUUUUUUUAACUGCAGAUUUGUCAUCUGUUGAUUUCUGGUGGUCAGCCUUUCAUUGUCAUUUCCUGAUUGUACAAAAAAGCAGUCAAUAUUUGCACUGUGCGAGUGGGAGGAUGCAGAAUGGGCAGUAUUUUUUUAUGGAAGCAGUCUUGGCUUUGACAAGCCUCUGCAUCUAAGAAAUUUCUGAUGAGACCAGUAAUGUUGCAGUUGCACUGUAGUAUGUGUAAUUCAUGUACCAUCUCCUGUAAAAUUAACACAUUGAAAACCGUAAAUAAAGAUCCUUUACACUGAG